AUGCAGGGCUCUGAGGCUUCGAGCAGUGCGCUCGCAGACCUACCUUCGACCCUGCGAACAGUGAUAGGCAGCCCGACGACGUCACCGAUCGGCUCACCAUUACCUCUACAAACCGACCCUCUCCUCUCACAGCAACAAAUACAAGAAAACCUCCAAAAUGUGCUGUCUUCCUUCUCGAUGGAAAUCCGUCCUGAGCCUAGGCUCACCGCCAGUGGCAACUCGACCGGCUCGACCGGCAAAGGCAUCCUGAUUGGGAUCCUGUCCGCGUUUGGCUCCGCCGCCGUCGCAUUUGUUGUUCUAGCGAUCUUUUUCUUUUUUAAGUAUACCCGCCGGGGGCGAAUUAUGCUGGAUCGCAUUGGUCGGCCCGGUGAGUUCGACGAUGAACAGGCGUUUGCGCGCGAGGAGGCUGUGGCGCUAGAGUCAAUGGAUGACUUAGCGCGAUCGGAAUACUUGCGAGCCAAAGCCUUUGUUCAAGGAAACCCGCCCGAAUCAGUACAAACCGACAUAUCACUCUCACAGUUCCUCGCAAUACAAGAGAAAGGUGUAUCUGCAUGGGAGUUCCAGCCGGAAUUGGAAAUCGCAAACUGCUUUGUGGAAGGACGCACCGAGAUUGAAUUCUACGACUCGGAGUGCAGUGUGCAGACGAAUCUGCCCAUCCCCAAACAAAAUGAGGUCUACUAUUGGGAAGCGAAGAUAUACGAUAAGCCCGAAUCGACAAUGAUCGGAAUCGGAGUCUCCACAAAACCAUACCCUUUAUUCCGGAUGCCUGGCUUCCACAAAUCUUCUGUUGCCUACCAAUCAACCGGACACCGCAGAGUCAACCAACCAUUCAACUCUACACCAUACGGACCUCCUCUACUACAAGGCGAUGUGAUUGGUGUUGGAUACCGACCCCGCUCGGGGACUGUCUUCUUCACCCGCAACGGAAAGAAACUCGAGGAUGUGGCCCACAACUAUCGAUCGCAGAACCUGUUCCCUACUAUUGGUGCCAACGGCCCUUGCACGAUUCAUGUCAACUUCGGCCAGAUGGGUUUCGUCUUCAUCGAAGGGAACGUCAAGAAAUGGGGCUUGGCCCCCAUGACUGGCAGUCUCGCCCCGCCCCCACCUUAUGGGAGUGAGCAAGGCAGCAUUCUACUUGAGUCUGGUCGCGAGAGCGCAGCACAAAUUUCCCAGCGCGUUUAUCAAAACGCAAACUACGCGGCCUCGGGGUCAAGUGUUAGGAUCCCUCCAGUGCCCAGUCCGGGGCCUGCUCGAUCUCCAACUGACAUUUCCCUCGCUCAGCUGAACCAUAUACCUUCGCUGGAAGAUGCUGGCGAGGGGUCCAGCCGAUUUGCUCUUGGGGAUGAAGAGGCCAAUGUUGGUCUGGUUCGUGAUGAUGAUGAUGACCAUGAGGUUCCUCCUCCAGAAUAUUCUAGUCCCGAUGGCAGUCGGAGAGGUAGUGAUGCCUCUCUUGAGUUCCCUCCCAGAGGUGCUCUUGAUCAAUCUGGCCCUCCAAACAAUGGACCCACGGACUCCGCUGGUCAAUAUCUUCCCAGUUACGAAACUGUGGUUGAAAGAGAUCUGAAUCAACACAACUCAAGCAACCAAUGA